GAACAAUAAACAAUUGUCGACGGCUACUGAUAACCGCAUCUUGCCAAAAUUAACUGUAAUUCUUCAUGUGGUAAUCAAUUUAUAGGUUCAAUGCAUGAAGGUGAAGGAACAUUGUUUUAUUUCAAAUGAUUUUUUAAGGGGAGACCGGGGCUAGAUGGCCGAACGACCAUUUGGCAGAGCAGCUUUUCUGAAAAGGCUAUUGUGCGCAGUGGCGACAUCUAUAAUGAUUUUAGUUUUUCGGCACUGCUGUCAUUCGCAGUAUUUUUAUCACUAAGUAAGCUCGAACUGGGCUAUAUUAUGACACCAAUUCAAGUGAUGCUUGCUAUAAAUUGGUUCGGAAUUUCUGCAUAGCAAAGUUUCUUAUUGAACUGCAGCUUCAGGCUUUGGGAUCAAGACGUUGGAGUAGAAAUGAUUUGGAACUCAUUACUUUUGGUUGCGGUGAUCCUGUGUGGCAGCACUUCUGCGAUCGAAGUGGAUGAUUCUAUCCAGGAACGCGUUACUGUAGAAAUAGAUGUCGUAAAAUACUUGUCUGAAUUUUUGUUUGAAUUUGAGCGCUAUCAAAGUAGUAAUCAAAUGAUGGAAAGUUUCUCUGAACUAUUGGAACUAAUCAAUUCAAACGACCCUCGAAUCACACUUGACGAGAUGCCCGAAGCAAAGAGCCCAAAAGUUUGUUUAGCGUGUUUGUCCGCCAGUUAUACGUUUCUAGAAAUUUACAAACGCUCAUCGGUCUACGACAAAGAAUACUUGGUCCAGUUAGCGCAAAAUAUUUGCUAUUUGUAUAAUUCAAAAAGUUAUGUUUGCGAUGGUUUGGUUUCAUUGAAUUCAGAUAUGAUACUCUACAUAUUGGAGCAUCUGGGCACUUUACCAACAGCAGAGGGUGUAUGUGAGGUUGUUUAUCAAGGUGACGGAUGUGUUGUUACUGGAUCUGAUAUAUUCGACGAUCGAUACCCUGAUGUGGAAUUAAGUACGUCUAAGAAUAUGCUGAAAACAUCCAAAACGUCAAGCUUGAAGUCAGAUCAAGACCCGUUGGUAAUAGUUCAUCUAACCGAUAUUCACUUUGACCCGGAAUACUUGGUCGGAGUGAAUGCGGACUGCGGAUCGGGUUCGUGCUGUCGAGUGGUUCCUGAGCUGGAACCAGCGAAUCCAACAAACGCAGCUGGCUAUUGGGGAGAUUAUCGAAGUUGUGAUUCACCAUGGCAUGCCGUCGUCGAUGUGGUGGAUCAAAUUCGCACACAACAUCCUGUUAUCGAUGCCGUUUACUUCACCGGAGACAUUAUUCAUCAUUUCACAUGGAAUACUACACUGGAAAGCAACAAAGAAUCAAUGAGUGAGGUUUAUAAGCUUCUGCGAGAUCGAUUCUCGGGCAUUCCGUUCUAUCCGACUCUGGGAAAUCAUGAAGCCCAUCCAUCGAACUUGUUCGCACCAAACGAUGUACCGGAGACUUUGAACUCGAAAUAUCUUUAUGAUUACAUUACAAAUGAAUGGGUAGAAUGGUUGGACGAUGAAUCGGUCAACGAUACACUCGCUGAAGGUGGCUACUACAGUAUUCUCAGUCCUCUUGGUCACCGUGUUAUCGCGUUGAAUAAUAACUUCUGCUUUGUGCGGAACUAUUGGUUGCUAUUUAGCAAUGACUAUUUCGUUCAACAUCUGCAGUGGCUUCAUGACAUUUUGCUAUUAGCCGAGCAUGCUGGCGAAAAAGUUCAUAUAUUAGGUCAUCUACCAUCCUACGAUAACAAUUGCUACAUUGGAUGGACUCGGGAAUAUCGGAAAAUCGUUGAACGCUUCGCACACAUAAUACAGGGUCAGUUUAAUGGACACUCGCACGUUGAUGAGUUCAAUGUGUACUACCGAAAGGACGAUCCGACAGCAGCGGUGAACGUGGCAUGGAAUGGUGGAGCAACUACGACAUUUAGUCAGAAAAAUCCUAAUUAUAAGGUGUUCUAUGUGGAUCGAGUGAGCUUUGAGAUUUUGGACCAAGAAACGUGGAUAUAUAAUCUGACGGAAGCCAACUUAAGUCCUGAACGUAGACCUGAAUGGUUCAAAGAGUAUUCUUUCAAAGAUAGCUACGGUUUGAGUGAUCUUAGUCCCAAUUCAUUAGACGGAUUACUACAAACAUUUGCUCAGUCUCAACAGGAUCUGCUACAAUAUUGGGUGUUUAAGCAGAAAAGCGCAGAUCCAAAAUUGGCCUCAGGUUGUAGUCAAAACUGUCUAAGAGAUGCACUCUGUGCUAUUGUACGAACGGAGUACGGCGAUGACUCUGUUUGUGAGCGUCUUCUGAUGCAAGCGGAACCAUAAGU